AUGAACUCGAAAAACGCCCAAAUUUUGGCGAUUUUCCUCGCCAUUUCUGUGAUCUCUGCCGAAGUUCACCAAUUCCAAAUUGGCUAUCGUCCAAAUUUGCGACAACGUUUGGCGGCUGAGGGAAAAUUGGCCGAAUAUCACCAGAAACAAGAGGCCGCCCGAAAGACAUUGGUGCAAGCCGGUGCACCAAUCAUCGAUUAUGAGGAUAUGGCGUAUAUGGUGCAAAUCACUCUGGGAACACCCGCCCAGAAUUUUGUGCUUUUUAUUGAUACCGGAAGUUCGAACUUGUGGGUUCCGGAUAUCACGUGCGCUGGUGGAAAAGAUGCCACGUGUGGAAGUUAUUGUAAAUCGGUGAGAUUUCGAAUGUUCUAUCCUGCGUAAUCUCGGAGCAUCGUUUGAAAGUUCUAAAAUAUUCCACGUGGCAUUUGCGCGCGAAAAUCUUGUUUACAAUAUUUUUGGCCUCAAGAAAAAUUCAAUUCGAGUUUUUCAACUAAAAAUGAUGACAAAUCGAGAUUUUUGAAGCUUCUGGAGUGAUUUUUGAUGAAAAUUGACCAUGGAAUUCACUUUUCAGAAGUUUUUGCAGAUUUUAGCUUCUUGAAAAAAAUCUGAAAAGUGAAUUCCAAGGUCAAUUUUCAUCAGAAAUCACUGCAGAAGCUUCAAAAAUCUCAAUUUAUCAUCGUUUUUGACUGAAAAAUUCGAAAAUGUUCAAAAACAUUUUUUAAACAGUUUUUUCGUUCGCAAAUCAGCCCUAAUGUAAACACGGAGCAUCGUUUGAGAUCUGUUUCUUCCAGACCCCAUACGACGCCUGCUUGACCUUCUGCCAAGAAGAAUGUUGCACAAAAACCCCGCAAAUUUUGAGCACCGCCGAUGCUUGUCAAUCGAAACAUCGUUUCAAUUCGUCACUCUCCUCGACUUAUGUUACAAAUGGUCAAGCUUUUGAUAUGACUUAUAAUACCGGAGAGGUUAAGGGAUUCUUCGGAGUUGACACUUUCUGUGUGAGUUUUUUCACAAGCCAAGCAAAUAAAAAAAAAUAAAUAUUUCUAGUUCACCAACACCACAGCCUGCGCAACAUCUCAAAUCUUCGGUCAAGCUACAACAAUCGGAGAGGCUUUCGGCAAACAACCCGAAGACGGGAUCAUCGGACUCGGUUGGCCAGCAUUGGCAAUCAACGGGCAAACGCCGCCACUUUUCAAUCUCUUCAAUCAAGGCCAACUCGAUCAACCCUAUUUUGUAGUGUAUCUCGCGAAAAUCGGCCCAACAUCUCAAUUGAACGGUGGAACUUUCACAGCUGGCGGUUUGGAUACUGCAAAUUGCGAGAGCCAGGUGGAUUGGGUCACGCUGACGUCGAAAACUUUCUGGCAAUUCAAAUUGGGUGGGGCGAGUGCUGGAACUUAUUCAUCGAAUGCUGGAUGGCAGGCGGCUGCUGACACUGCUGCUUCGUUUAUUGGUGCACCAAAGACUGUGGUGGAGGGAUUGGCGAAAGCGUGAGUUUAUGAUGAACUUUGCCACAUCAUCUUUUUCCGAUGAAAAACCGAAUUCAACUCACGAUUUUUUUCCCAAAAAGUCUAGUUCCAAUCUUAUUUUUUAUUAGAAAUGCCCGAAUCCUUUCUGAUUUUCCAAAAAAAAAGCGUGACCUAGAUAAUCCCACGUGUUUCCUACAACACUCCGCAUUUCCAGCGUCGGAGCCUAUUACGUGUCUCUCGUCGGCGCCUACUUCAUCGAUUGCGAUGCCGUCGCCCCCGACAUUCAAUUCACAAUCAAUGGCAAGACCUACAACAUGCCAUCAACAUCGUACGUGGUGUCGGCUGGACCCGGACCAUGCAUGUUUGCCUUCUACUCAUUGACAGCUGGUGGAUUCUAUCCAGCCUGGAUGUUGGGACCACCAUUUAUGAGAGCCUAUUGUCAUGUUCACGAUAUGCAGGGAGCGAGAUUGGGAUUGUCUAAAGUUUUGGCGCAUUAA